ACCAAAGCGCGAAAGACGCCAUCUUGAGGAGACCCUCGGAUGCAAUGCUGGUUGGUGAUGACUGUCAACAAUUUUGGGCGCAUCAGGAUGAGAUUACCGAGUUCAAAGUGAACCCGAGUCACAUGGGUUGUGGGUUAUAAAUAUUAGGAGAGGUGCAAGAGGAGCUCUUGGACUAAUGUUCGCCGUGUGGGGUUGUUUUUAAAACGCAAAGCCCGCUAUAGCCUGAUGGCUGGCUAGCUGCUGUGAGGACCCGCGGCCUGUACGGGAGGAGGAAGGGUGGUGACGGCGCAAAAUGCUCGACUACCCCUGACUCCCAACCAGACAGUUCCAAGACAGAGACUCGCUUCGAGUUGAACGACGAGCACAAUGCACUUAGAAUUUUUUUAAAGCUCUUCGCUUUUCAAUUUUUUUUGGGGGGGUGGGGUGCUGUUCAGACGCUCCGAACGACAGUGAAUGCCGUGGCGCGUGCUCUGAAUUGCCAGCCCGAGACAUGUCAUCCAACUGCACCAGCGCAGCGCCUGUCAGCGCUAGCAAAACCAAGACGAAAAAGAAGCAUUUUAUAGGACAAAAAGUGAAACUGUUCCGUGCAAGCGAACCAAUCCUCAGCGUUUUAAUGUGGGGUGUGAAUCACACGAUUAACGAGUUAAGUAAUGUGCCUGUACCUGUAAUGCUGAUGCCAGAUGAUUUUAAAGCCUACAGUAAGAUCAAAGUGGACAACCACCUAUUUAACAAAGAAAACCUUCCUAGUCGCUUUAAGUUCAAAGAAUAUUGUCCCAUGGUGUUCCGAAACCUGAGGGAGAGGUUUUCCAUCGAUGACCAAGACUACCAGAACUCUCUGACGCGGAGUGCUCCCCUCAACAGCGACCCCCAGGGUCGUUUUGGCAAUCGGUUCCUCUCCAGCUACGACCAUCGAUUUGUAAUCAAAACUGUGUCCAGUGAGGACAUCGCUGAGAUGCACAACAUCCUAAAAAAGUACCACCAGUUUAUAGUGGAGUGUCAUGGCAACACGCUGCUCCCUCAAUUUCUGGGUAUGUACAGGCUAACAGUGGACGGGGUGGAGACGUACAUGGUCGUGACCCGGAAUGUAUUCAGCCAUCGCCUCACUGUUCACCGCAAAUACGACCUGAAGGGUUCCACAGUCUCAAGGGAAGCAAGUGACAAGGAAAAGGCAAAAGAGCUCCCCACUUUAAAAGAUAACGACUUCCUGAAUGAAGGCCAUAAGCUGCAAAUAGGAGACGACAACAAGAAGUACUUUUUGGAGAAGCUAAAACAUGAUGUGGAGUUCCUGGCCACUCUCAAGAUCAUGGAUUACAGUCUUCUCGUGGGGAUCCAUGACGUGGAACGAGCAGAGCAGGAGGAGAUGGAUGUGGAGGCUGGUGCAGAUGAAGAAGAGUAUGAGAAUGACGGGAUGGGCGGAGGCGCUCUCACUGGCUCCUUUGGCACACCACCCGACAGCCCUGGAAACCCCUUUAACUGUGCAUUCUUAGGGCCCGGCGACUUUGACCCCUCUGUUGAUGUUUACGCAAUCAAGAGCCAUGACAGUGCUGUCAAGAAGGAGGUGUACUUCAUGGCGAUCAUCGACAUCCUCACACAUUAUGAUGCGAAGAAAAAAGCUGCACACGCUGCCAAAACUGUGAAACACGGGGCAGGGGCCGAGAUCUCAACGGUGAACCCCGAGCAGUACUCCAAGCGCUUCUAUGAGUUCAUGUCUAAUAUCUUGUCAUAAACUCCUCUCCACUAAGCCUGCCCAGCCACAGUUCUGUCACACGUGUACGCACGCACGCACACACACGUACACACUUUAUUCAGCCAAGUCUUUCUUGUCUUUCCUUACCCUCUUCAGCAUCAUGACGUCGUCAUGUUUUGAGGCGGUUACAAACCCCUUAACACAAAUAAUCAAACAAUGCACCCCCUUCCAUUAAUUUUAGAA